GACUGAGAAAUUAAUCAUUUUUAUGUUGUCACGUGACUGAAGUACUGCAGGAUCAGUGUUGGAUGGCACAGUGGCUAACACUGCUGCCCCAGUGCCAGUUCGAUUCCAUUCGAGCAACUGUCUGCGUUGCACAUUCUCAUGUCUACAUGGAUAUCCUCCCACUUUCGAAAGAUAUGCAGGUUAGAUAGGGAGGGUUUGGUGCGUGAGUCUGGGAUUCUGUUUGGAGGAACAGUCUGGAUUUGAUAGGCUGAACAACCUGCUUACACACUAUACGGAUUGUGGAUUCUAUUCUGAAAGUAUCAAUGACUUGAAUGUGGGAGUCGAUGUAAUUUUUUGUUGGAUGGCAAACUUUGGAAGUUAAUUCAGGUUAGAAUUAGACUUAUAAGGAAUUUUGGAGUGAGUUGGUAUAAGUUUAAUAUCUGGAACACUGGCGAAAUGAAGUUAUUUCUAAAUCGAAAGCAGCUAGAGAAUUUAUUAAAUGCAAAGACAACUUUUAAGUUGAAAGGAAUUUGACCUUUAAUUAGGAGGAGUUGCAGAUAGAAGCGAAGAUACUUGCUCGGUGCACCUGGGUCCACGUGAAAACUAGCUAACUGUAAUACUUGAAAAUUAAUGAACUGGCUUUACAGGAUUUCCCGUAAUUUGGAACUGAAGCCUCAGGUUUUACUGGGUUUCCUGUUGAAGUAUGAGGAAGAAUAGAUUGGAAUUGUACUCUGGAGCUGAGAAGAAUGAGGGUUGCUUUUGUACUAAUUUUAAAAAGGAAUGAAAGGGUAGGUACAUUAAACCUCGUGAAGGGUUUGAUCCAGAAGUAGGAGUCUUAAUGUGAAACUCGUCCGUGGUAUGUCGAGGAUUUUUCUUGCAGGUAGUAAAAUUUUGGAAUUCUCAGCUCCGAGUAAUUGAUUCCUGUCGUCUUACACGUUUUUAGCGUACGAAAAUUAUUGAAGUAGAAGUCUUUGAUUUUGAAUAGCGGAGCGAGCUCAAUGAGCUGAGAGAAACUUGGUGACCGUUUGUUAAACCUCCCCAUCCCCGCGAAAUUGUUUGGGUUGUUUGCAUCUUUUGUAUUAUUUCUGGUCGAGAAGAGAAGGGAGACUUUUUUGUUGCAACCGAAAUGUUAACUAAAUAAAGGUGUUAAGUUGGCAUUUUGUGUGUUGUCCCUUGUGCGUUGUAUCUUGAAGGGUGCUAGCAACAGCUAUGCUGAGGUUUCAUUCACGGAGAGGGGGUGAGAGGAUGCGCAGAGCUACUGGAUCCGGGGCAUUUUAGCAGGAGGGGGAGGGGAGGACGGUUAUAAAUAGCAGCCCAUAUUGCCGUGCUCUCAUAUCGAACCGGAGCUCUGCGUUGCCGUAUUUGAAUCUGUGUUGAAAUAGGUAAAACACGAUGUCUGACGAAGGAAAGCUUUUUGUCGGUGGUCUUAACUUUGACACAAACGAACAGUCGUUGGAAUCCGUUUUCUCCAAAUAUGGACAGAUCUCUGAAGUUAUUGUAAUUAAGGACCGGGAGACACAGCGGUCAAGGGGUUUUGGUUUCGUCACGUUUGAAAAUCCUGAUGAUGCAAAGGAUGCUAUGUUAGCUAUGAAUGGAAAGUCUGUUGAUGGGCGUCAGAUUAGGGUAGAUCAAGCUGGAAAAUCCUCUGGAGAACGAUCCCGAGGCUACAGGGGUGGAAGUGCAAAUAGUCGUGGAUUUUUCCGUGGAGGGUCUGGACGUAGAGCCCGUGGGUUUUCUAGAGGUGGAGGAGAUAGAGGGUACAUUGCAAGAUAUGAUUCAAGAAGUGGCUACUCUGGAUCUAGAGACUACUAUAACAGAGACAGGAGUCAAGGGAGUUAUGGUGGCGGUGGUUCCUACAGGGACAGUUAUGACAGUUAAGGCUCUACAGUGUAGAACCAAAACCAAGAAAGCAGCAUGUAUUCUAAAUUUCUAAAGCAUUGAGAGUAUCUUUACGAGACUUUUACGUAAGUUUAAAAAUCUCUAACCCAGUCCCCUAUUAUUUUCCCAUAAUGUAUUAAUUAUGAGGUUACAUUUAGUUUGGAAGUGCAAAUGCCAUAAACUUCAAAUGUCAUAAUCUUUGGUUAGUGUUACUGUGCCCUCCUAGCUCUAAACCAUGAUCCAAUUCAGUCCAUAGCACUGAUCUAGCAAUAGGAAGAGGAAGCUAUGAUUACUAUUGCAGUCUUUUUACAUUGUACCUGCUUCUUGUUCUCAGCUACACACAACGAAUAAAUAAAUCUUCCUGACUCAAGAUCGUCCUUCCUAUGGCUGUAUUUAUAAAGAUUUUCGGAGCUUCGUGGAAUCGUAUUGUGUACUUUUAUUCUCACUGACUUGUAGUAAUUCAGUUUGGCCUUGUUAAUCACAGCCUGACAGCUUCUGACAUGAGGAUGCACACUAAGUGUUGGCUCGGUAAUAUUGGAAUUAAACAAUCAAAUAAUAAGCAUUCUCAGGCAGAUGGCAAAGCCCUCCAUGUUUUUCUUAGUAAUAUUCUGAGGUUUUCAUUUUACUUUAGAAUCUUUUUGUUUUUCUUUAAUAUUGCUCAAAUGCUUCCUGUAAAGUUGUUAUUUCGGAAAUGAAGUUGCGGGGUUGACUGCAAUUUUAGUAAAACAAACGUAAAAGGGGCUAUAGUGUGUUCUCAAUCUAUUUUUAUGCUAAGCAAACUGAUGUUUUAUAGAAGCUGAACAAGCUGUGGUCUUUAUUUCAAAAUAAAGGCUUUCAUAGCCACUUAUUCUUGUUUCUUUUUAAAAAAAAAUGUCAUCUGAAACGUUCCUUUAGUGUAGCAGGGUAGGAAAGCAACACGGGAACAGAAGAUAUUCUCUGCCUCAAACCGCUUUGAUACUGCUGAAGAUAAAAGGCUUUAUUUUUAAACUUGUAAUUGGACAUUUGUGCAUCUUUCAGUAGUUUCAAGAGUUCUGUACACUGUAAAUAAUUAGUUAAUCAUGUUCCAAAUUCUUCAAAAUUUACGAAUGAAGUCCUGAGCAAUGUAUCUUUAUAAGUUGACAUGUAUUGGAUGAGAAAUAUUUGGAAAUGGCUUUCUUUGUGUUGUAUGUUCAAGUGGUUUAGAGUUGACCUUUUGUACUGAAACAGGCUUCACGAAGCCUCAUUAAACAAAAUACAUGACUCAUAACCCUGAUCUUUCUGUAGUUGGAUUCUUAUGGGAUGCAGUAGAAGGGGUAUAGGUAUGGAUUAAUUCUGCAAUCUGUAAUGUUAAAGCUAGUUGGAAGAAGGUCUUUUUGAAGAAUAGUGGGGCUAUUAGGAACUAAUGUAAGCAAGCAACCAAGUCUUCCAUUGCUGAUCGGUUGUAGAUGUAUAACCACAGUUGAUAUCCUCCUUAGUUAAUUGAUGAGAAAAUUGCCAGUUUAGAAUUGAGCAACCUGUGACAAAGUAAUGUACUGUCAGAAGGUAUCAAUCAGCUGAUCUAAAUUGAAAUCUGAACUGUCCCUUUUCAACAGUUGUAGGAAUUCUAAUAAAAUCAUACCACAGUACCAGUUUUCUCAUGUAACAGGCUUGCCCGAGGUCAUUGCCAGAUAUGCUGUUUGAGAUUAUUCCUCAGGUUGGAUUUUGAAUCUCUUGUAUUUGCCUUUCAUUUUAGAUAAUCUAUUUUCAGUGCAAGGUUAUGGGGAAAGCAAGUUCAGGAUAAUCAGAUUGUCCAUUAUCUCAUUGGCAGAGCAAACUCCUUGGGCUGAAUAGUCUACUUCUCCUUUUGUCUCAGUCUUAUUGCUUAAGUUUUUAGUACUAAUUUUCAUAAUUUACUGUUUUUACAUAAAGUAAUAUUGAAGGGGUGAUUGUACAUCUCUCUUGCCAUACUGGUUUGAAAAGAAUUGCGUCUGGUGCUAGAUAUCAAACAGCUGUCUGUUUCUGUUGAAGAAUUUAGUUUAUUUUUAAGAGAAGAAGAAUCUCUCUUUCCCUGUUUCUCAAAAACUGGUAGUUCUAUUGUGAAUUUCUUGGUUUGAGUAAUUGAUUACCAAAUGGAAAGUUUCCAUUCCAAAGUUGGCUACAUUGUGGCUGAAGUGAUAAUAUUAGUACCAGCAGCUGGAUAAAAUGUAAAUUUUUUAAGAGUUCAGUUAUCAGAAAUAUCAGGAUAAAAUUUAUCAACAUUUCAUAAACUGUCUCUGUUGCUAUAAAAUUGGGCACAGCUAAAUUAGGUGCAAAUGUCUGUUCAGAAGGGUGUUCAAGUCCAUUUAAAGAUUUUUAUAACGCUUCACAACUUCUAAGGAUCUUUGCUAACAUUUGGAAAGAAAUGGCCAUGGAGAACGAAGUGCUGUGCCUUCUUCAAUGAAACCUGAGAUGAAAACAGCACAUGGCUAAGUGCAAAUGUGGAUAUAGUCCUAGAUUUGAGAACGAAUCUGAGUGACGAUUUCGUGAACAAUGAUGUUGAUUGUCCUUUGACAUUGAAGGCAGAGGAAAGCAUGUGGGAUGUAGUCUCACAGGUGACUGUCACCCUAAUCGAUGAUUUAUCCAAUUCACCAAGCAACUUGAAUGAAAAUGGUUGCAAAUCUGUGAAAUUCUCUGCCCCAGAAGGCUGUGGAGACAAAAUCAUUGAGUAUAUUGAAGACCAGCCUGGACUAAUUUCAUUACUUAAGGAGACUCUCUAGGAUUAUGGGAAACCAGCAGCAGUGUGGAAUUUGAGACUAGAAUCAAAUUAGCCAUGAUCUAGUUAAAUGGUGGUACAUGCCUGAGAGGUUGACAACUUUUGGUGCCCCUGUUUCUUUUCCUGAGUGGCAGCUAACUUUUUACAAGGGGAUUAUUGCUUACAGACAUGUACUGUCAACAUGUGGUGCUGGUCAGUAGUCAAAAGUGGAAUCUUGGCUGAUCUACAUUAACCCAAGUGUGUUGAACCAGUGGUAGAAAUCUGCACAUUUAUGUUUUCUGGAUUUUUUCUUAAUUAUUGUUUAAUAUCUUGUUUGCUCCAACUUUCUGAUAAAAUAUGUAUUUGAUUGGGUUGGGGUGUUAUGAAAGUUGCCGGUUGCUGGCAGAGGGUACUGUUUGUUUUUUUAAAAAAUGCUAACUACUGCAAGACUGCUAGAGACGGAGGAAAUCCCAAAUUUUGCGAUUACAAAGCUGUCAUUCCUUCUACAAUGUUCAAUAAAGCAAAAUUUUCUAAUUUAAAA